UCUUGGUUUCCGAAAGAACAAAAUGGCGGCGCCCAUACAGGCUGGGAAGCGCGUGCAGAAGUAGCAAAAUGUUGAAAGAAAUGAAUGAGCCGCUAGUCAGGGAUUUAUUUAUUUUAUUUUUACUAGACAGUUAAUUAGUUAUUCCACGGCUUUGAGAGUUUAACCGGUUUAAGAUAUGAUAUGAAGUGUCGGUUAGUUUACAUUCCAGCGUUAUCAGGGUUGAACCUGUACAACUAGUGGAUGAAGGUGAUAAGUAAACAGAAGGAGCAUUUCCCGCAAACGCAGGUGAUGAGUUUGAUGCGUCUACGUUGCGCGAAAGCGCUGCAGCUCACUCUGGCAAUCAUAAAACCUGACGCUGUCGCUCAUCCUCUGAUACUGGAGGCUCUUCAUGAGAAGAUUCUAGAGAACAACUUCAUCAUUGUUAGAAAGAAAGAUCUCGUCUGGAGAAGUGGUGAUUCAGAGAGGUUUUAUGCAGAGCAUAAAGGACGAUUCUUCUACCAGCGACUUGUUGAAUUCAUGUCAAGUGGUCCAAUGAGAGCUUACAUCCUAGCGAGAGAGGAUGCUAUUACCCACUGGCGGGAGUUGAUGGGUCCCACUAAAGUGUAUCGAGCGCGGUACACAUCACCGAGGACCAUUCGAGCGCAAUAUGGGCUCACUGACACCAGGAACACAACUCACGGCUCAGAUUCACCAGAAUCAGCCGAAAGAGAGAUUGCGUUCUUCUUUCCAGAGUUCAGUGUUCAGCACUGGUUCGAGAUGGAGGAGCCAUGUUUUAGGGCAGGGCAUGUGGAAUAUGACAAGCGGAGACAAAUCCAUUCUGCACUAAAAGAUAUCUAACAAUUUUAAUGCCUUAAUCAGAAACAGCUCAAAUGUACAGUACUGUGCAAAAGUCUUAGGCACAUGUAAAGAAAUGCUGUAGAUCAAAAAUGGCGUAAAAAUAACGAAAUUAAAUGUUUCAACAUUAUAAACAGCAGUAAGCCAUAGUAAGUGGAAAAAAAGUCAAUAUUUGGUGAGAGACGACCCUUUGCUUAAAAAAAAAUAGUCUCGGGUACAAUGAGUGCGGUUUGAUAAGGAAAUGAGCUGUAGGUUUUACUGAGCAUCUUACAGAACCAGCCGCAGUUCUUCUGGACACUUUGUCGCACUCGCUUCUUCAUUUUACGCCAAAACCCAGUAGCCUUCAUUACGUUUUCUUUUUUAUUCUGAAAAGUGCUCUCUUGUGUAAUAUGCAGCUCAGAUACAAACUUUUUUUUUUAAAAUAACAUUUAAUUUUGUGCUGGAAAACAAAAGUUUGGACUCCUAAAAUGUUUUUGUACCGACUCGAUGAUGUAGAAGUCAUAAAAUAGAAAUCUACAACAAAGUUUCUAUGGAAAAAAAUAGGGUGCAUAAGACUUUUGCACAAGACUGUAUAUAAAGACCUGAAAGCACUAUUCAGGCUGAAUAUUGUGCCAUUUUCUUGGAUUCAGUUGCUGACACGUUGCUUUAUCUUUUCUUAUUUGUGAUUUAUAGAAUCUUCAUUAUUUUCAAAUAGUUUUGUGCCAUUUGUCUUUUUUGUAAAUGAUUGUGUGAAAUGAUGUUCACUUUGAAAUGCUCCUUUUAUUACUGAACAUAUUCUACUGGCUCUCUUUUCAUUGUUAUCUUUUCUAUACCAAUUAAAGCACUCAGCGCUUGAA